UCGUGGUAAGAAACUACUUGGUAUCUAGAGUUUAAAAUGUUGGCUCUCUGAUCCUUUACAGAAAAACUUGCAAACCCUCCUGGAGUAGAAAAGCAGUAGUGUCUGGCACAGGUACUAGCAAAAGGCAGACUUCUCUCCAGCCCCAGGAAACUCCUAUAAUAACCCCCAUAUCUUAUGCCCAACGUUAAAGCUGGUUCGUGCGAGGCAAUGCGCAAACUGAGCUCAGACUUGAAGCAAUGUGACAAUGUGAGUAGGAGCUCCAUCAAGCGGUGGGGAACACACCAAAGCUUUCAGGAUAGAUAGUUCAUCCCAAUGAUCCCAAGACACGUGACAGGUUAGUGGUCUGUUGUUGUGUGUCCUUUCUCCCAAAACUGUGAUUGAAGACAUGCACAGAGCCCGGGUUUUAUGGGCAAACUAAGAAUCCAGACUCAUACCUCAUGCUCCCAGAGGAAGCACCAUUACCUACUGAGCCGCCUUUAUAGCCCUGUCGCUUUUGGUUUUUGAGACAGAUUCUCACUAUGUAGCCCGGGCUGGACUGAGACUCACUAUGUAGCCCAGGCUGGCUUCAAACUGAUCAUUCUCCUGUGUAGUGAUAGUUCAUUUGUAUUUUAAUAUAUAAAGCUUGCCUGAAGUUCAGAGAGUAAAACAGCCCCGCUGGUCAGCCUCACAGACCAGGCAGUGGAGACACGUCUUUAAUCCCAGUAGCCACCUAGUUUGCCACAGAAACAGGACGGUAGUGGUGCACACCUUUAAUCCCAGCCCUAGAGAGGAAUAGAAAACGGGAGGAGCUAGCUCUCAGUCUCAGUCCGAGGAUUCCCGGAGGCAGGAUCACCAUUUCGUACUGAGGUAGAGCUAAGAACCAGUGGCUGGCUGUUUUGCUUUUCUGACCUGCAGGUUGAACCCCAAUUUCUGUUUCUAUGUUUUUAUUAAUUUGCUACACUCCUGUCUAAACCUCCCAACACUGGAUGUCCUGGCAUCUUCACACUUUGAUUUCCUGGUUGAGUUUACUGACUUUGCCCUUGCCAAGGAUGAACCAGUUGGCAUUUUGCACCGAAUGCCACAUAACUGAACAGCAACUUCAAGGAAGCAAGCAAACAUAAUCUCAAAACAGACCAGUUUCUCUUGAAGACCAAGGCCAACCUGCCUGACUCAGAAGAGUCCGCCCAAAAAAGGCAAAUGGUUGAUAACCAAUUUCCUCCAAUUGUUCAAUCCCCUGCUGCAGUGGUUGGUGACUAUGUGUAAACUGACACUCGCUCAUCAGCAGGGAAAGAGCCUCCCCUCACCCGCUCUCUGCUGGUUUAGUUUCUCCUCGGCUGACACCCAGAAAUUUCAAUAUAAUUAUCUAGGCCACUUGUAACAAACUCCUUUCUGGAAAAUGCUACAAAUGAGAUUGGUAAGUGGCUAAUGAACCUAAACCUGGAGUUCAACUUCCUUGUGAUGAACCUAAGCCUGGAGUUCAACUUCCUUGUGACCUGAGCAUGAGUCCUUUUAGCAGUGUUUUCUGUGAGUGCGCCCUUCCCCAGUAGCAGGCCUGACAGUGUCCCUGAAAAAAGCCUCUCCUGAAGGGCAGGAUUCUGAGGAUAUGAUGAUGUUCUCACAAAUGCUUCCCCUAAUACCCUUACUUAGUCACAAUAAACCACAUGCAGCCCCCGGUGAGGCACACAGGGCUCUCAGGCACAGCUUCUCAGACGCAACAGGGAUCUCUCUCUCCUAAUGGAGCACUUGCCCCUUCAGGCUGGACAGCUGCAGCCAGUGCCACUCUUGUCCUAGUGGAGAGCGUAGCUGUCCAUAAAAACCAACAGAUCUAAGCUAAAUGUGCUUCAACUUUAUAUUCUGACAAAUAGUACUGAUCCCUAUCCUUUCCCUGGCUGUACUGGGAUUGAACCCAGACCUUGUACAUGGCAGGCAAGCAGUCUAACAGAACUAUACCCACAACCUUUUAUCCGUGUCUCUCGUGUGUGCCCACACUUGCCUUUUAUUUUGGGACAAACGCUUCUUAUUUUGAGAUACGGUCUCACUAAGUGGCCUUGAAUUUUCUCUGUAACCCAGACUUUUUAUCUUCCUACCGCAGCUGGAUUACAGGCCCUUUACCAUCAGGCCUGGCUAAUAGAGUAUUAUUUGAAAUAUUUUAAACACGACAUCUUUAUGGUCAACCACACAAGGAAAAAGACUGAAACCCCACUACUUAGGUAGUUCCCCCAGGGAAACCAGCUCGGGCUGGGACAAACUUGCCCGCCCAAAAUUGGUGCUAGGAAGAAAGCACAGACAAGCCAGUCCUCCCAGCUCGGGAGUAAAAGACCUAGAGCUGGUGCCCGCUCAGACCAAGUCCGCGGGACGGGGAAGGGUACCCUCCUCCGGUAGUGGUGGCAGUUCCCCCACUCACGCCCUUCUGGAAGCACCAGCUUGGACCCACAGAGCCAGGAAUGCAGCCUUGUCAAGGGGCGCGCCAGCGAUGGUAACAGGACUGAGGAGUCCCAGUAGGGCUGAGGCGGAAGGUGGGAGACAGGGUUGUUCUUAGAAAGAGGAAAGGGGCCUUCUGGCAGGGUUCCCGGGGUAACCGCCCCACCUCGCCCAGAGCCCGACGUGGCGUGCGCUGGGGACAGCGAGCAGGAAGUCUACGGGGGAGCGGCUUGGGCAGCGUUGCAGGUGUAGGCGAGGGCGGUGCUGCCAGGUACACCCGAGGGCACCGCGGGGUAAGCGUCAGGUCCCUGAACCAGCCAGCAGCGCGCGCCAGGGCGCCAGAGCCGAGUCUAGCGGACCGACGGGCCCCCCUGAAGCGGUCCAGGAUCCUGCGCAUGGCGCUGACUGGAGCCUCUGUGGCCGAGGAGGCCGAUGCAGACAACAGGAACAAGCCGUUUCUGCUGCGGGCGCUGCAGAUCGCGCUGGUGGUCUCUCUCUACUGGGUCAUCUCCAUCUCCAUGGUAUUCCUCAACAAGUACCUGCUGGACAGCCCCUCCCUGAAGCUGGACACCCCUAUCUUCGUCACUUUCUACCAAUGCCUGGUGACCUCGCUGCUGUGCAAGGGCCUCAGCACUCUGGCCACCUGCUGCCCUGGCACGGUUGACUUCCCCACUCUGAACUUGGACCUCAAGGUGGCCCGCAGCGUGCUGCCGCUGUCGGUGGUCUUCAUCGGCAUGAUUAGCUUCAAUAACCUCUGCCUCAAGUACGUGGGGGUGGCCUUCUACAACGUGGGGCGCUCGCUCACCACCGUGUUCAAUGUGCUCCUGUCCUACCUGCUGCUCAAACAGACCACUUCCUUCUAUGCCCUGCUCGCGUGUGGCAUCAUCAUUGGUGGUUUCUGGCUGGGUAUAGACCAAGAGGGAGCUGAAGGCACCCUAUCUCUGAUGGGCACCAUCUUCGGGGUCCUGGCCAGCCUCUGUGUCUCCCUCAAUGCCAUCUACACCAAGAAGGUGCUCCCGGCGGUAGACAACAGUAUCUGGCGCCUGACCUUCUACAACAAUGUCAAUGCCUGUGUGCUCUUCUUGCCCCUGAUGGUUCUGCUGGGGGAGCUCCGUGCUCUCCUUGACUUCCCUCAUCUGGACAGUGCCCACUUCUGGGUCAUGAUGACGCUAGGUGGCCUGUUCGGCUUCGCCAUCGGCUAUGUGACAGGACUGCAGAUCAAAUUCACCAGUCCCCUGACCCACAACGUGUCGGGCACAGCCAAGGCCUGUGCACAGACAGUGCUGGCCGUGCUCUACUAUGAAGAAGCUAAGAGCUUCCUGUGGUGGGCGAGCAACCUGAUGGUGCUGGGUGGCUCGUCGGCCUACACCUGGGUCCGGGGCUGGGAGAUGCAGAAGACCCAGGAGAGCCCCAGCUCCAAAGAGGACGAGAAGAAUGCCAUUGGGGUGUGAGCUCCUGCAGGGUCAGCUGCUGUGGCCCUGAGCGCUAUUGUUUACAUCCUCCUCGGAAUACGAUCUAAGAGGAGCCAGGGUCUUUCCUGGUAAUGUCAGAAAGCUGCCAAAUCUCCUGUCUGCCCCAAUGCAUUUUGGGGAAUCCCUACUGGGAGUGGCACUCCUUCCUGCCUCCUUCUGGGGCCUGUCUACCUCCAUAUCGCCUCUGGGGUUGGGGCCAGCUGCAACCUUACGGGGCUGGAUUGAUGAAAUAAUGUCUUGCCUGCUGCACAGGGGAUACGGGUUAUGACCCCGCUAUGGCUGGUUGAAGGGAGAUGGAUGGCCCCACAUCUCUGGGGCCCAGGGCAGGUAGAGCGGUCGCUCAGGUGCUGUCAACAUCAGGAACACCCCGCCCGCCUCUGGAGGGAGGUUGGAGCUUGGCCGGUCUGCCCUCUUCUGUGUGGGUGGGUGUGGCAGACCCAUCCAUGGCAGCUGCACCCUGGAGUGGCUGCUGAGAAGCGUACACCUCUGCACUCCUUAUUUUCAGCUUUAGAACAGGGGGAGCCACCCAUCUUUGCAGAUUAAGUAGGCUGAUAGGCCCCUCUGCGCCCCCUAACCUUGGCUUUACCUGCCUGGCUUCUCUUGGCCCAGCUCCCUGGCCAUACUCCCUUUCUGUACCCUUCUCCGUCACUGCCCCCCAACACCUUCAUCUCUAUGCAGGAAGUGGGGUCUGUUCUCGUGUGCUUGGGCCCCCGAGUCCCUGUGAUAGUAAGAGACGUUUAUGUUUUCUGGGGCUGGGGGGCUAAAGGAGCAGACUGGCUCAGAGUUGGCCCGUCUGGCUCCUGUCACAAAACAGUCCAGACCAGGUGGCUAAGAACAGAAGUUGGUUUGUAAGUUCUGGGGCAGCAAAGCCCAGAUCAAGGAGCUCAUAGACCCAGUGGUUCAGAGAAAACCCCUUCUGUGAUAGAAGCAGACAGGCUGAACACCAGCCCCAUUCAUGAGGGUUCUACCCUGUUACCUGAUCACCCCCAAAGCCUUCAAUAUAAGGACUCCAACAUGAAUUUGGAGACAGAAGCACUCAGACCAUAACCCCAGCACCACACCCUCCUAACCUCAGGGUAGCUGCCAUUCCCCUAGUCCCUUCUCUUGGGCCUUUUGUGCCCCCAUUUCCUUGGGGGUAAUUUCUGAUGUUUCUAUUCCUGUCAUAAAAGGAUGGGGAGAAUGUGUCCAGCCUGUGAUUCCUACUUCCCACAAUCCCCGGUUCUAAUGAAGUUGGUGGGGCCUGAUGCCCCGAGUUGUAUGUGAUUUAAUUAAAAAAAAAGAAAGAAAGAAAAAGAAAAAAGAAAACC